GUUGAGUCGGGCCGUCUGGGACACGAGGCAUGUACGGGCUGCUGUGCGAGAGUCUGCACGACUUCAUCAAGGAGUCGUACGGAGACGAUGUUUGGAAGCUGGUCCGAGAGAGGGCCGACGUCCGCCUGCACUCCUUCGUCACCCACCAGGUGUACAGUGAGAGUGUGAUCCCCCGUAUUGCCAAGGCAGCCAGCGGGGUGACAGGGACGCCCUAUAACGAGCUGAUGAACUCCUGGGGCGUCUACUUCCUGGGGUUCGUAGGGAAGUACGGCUACGACAGGAUCCUCAAGGUGUUAGGUCGUCACGUGCGUGACUUUGUGAAUGGCCUGGACAACCUGCAUGAGUACCUGCGCUUCAGCUACCCCAAGGUCCAGCCACCAACCUUCUUCUGCCAAGAGGAGUCUGCUACCGGAGUCACCCUUCACUACAGGAGCAAGAGGAAGGGCUACCUGCACUACGCCAUGGGGCAGCUGAGGCAGAUGGGGAAGCAGUUCUACGACACGGACAUCCAUGUGGAGGUGCUGUCCGAGCAGCUGGUCGGAGACUACUCUCACGUCACUAUGAGGCUGAACUUUGACAACUCUGCCUAUCGCUACAUCAUGAAGGAGGAUGAGGAGGAGCAGGAGAUUCUACCAAUCACAAGCGACUUCUUCUUCGAAGUUUUCCCCUUCAACAUUGUCUUCAGACAGGACAUGGUGGUCCAUAACGUGGGUUCUGGCCUGGCCACUGUGUUCCCUGACCUGGAUGGGAAGAAGAUUAACGAUGCCUUCCUGCUGGCGCGACCUCUGGUGGAGUUCACCUGGAACAAUAUCAUCUCCCAUCCCAACAACCUGUUUGAGAUCAUGUCCAAGGAGCCUGUGAAGAGAGAGAGGAACCUCCACAACCGAGUCCAGAAUUCCGACUACGAGACCGCCAACCGCACAGCCGAUGUGGAUGUGGAGCUCAUGGCCUUCCAGUCCAUCAUUGGAGACGACUACAAAGAUGGUAACAGUGCCAACGCCAUGGAGAGCUGGGGAGACGGCAGUCGAUGUCUGAAACUGAAGGGACAGAUGAGAUACAUGCCUGAGUGGGAGUCCAUCAUCUUCCUGGGCACCCCUGUCAUGGAGAGUUUGAGUGCUAUGUUUAAGACAGGCCUCUACAUCAACGACCUGAGCAUGCAUGACUCCAGCAGAGACCUGGUGCUGGCUGGAACACAACAGUCUGAGGAGCUGAAGAGAGCCCUCAUACAGGAGCAGAAGAAGUCCAGUAAGCUGGAGGAGAGCAUGAAGAUGCUGGACUACGAGAUGAAGAAGACCGACGACCUUCUCUACAGGAUGAUCCCUAAACCCGUAGCCAAGAGACUGAGGAAGGGAGAGCCCGCCGUCAACACCUGUGAGGUGUUUCCAGAUGUCACCAUCUUGUUCAGUGAUGUCGUAGGCUUCACUCGUAUCUGCAGCCACAUCACCCCCAUGCAGGUGGUGUCCAUGCUCAACACCAUGUACACACUCUUCGACACGCUCAGUGAAAAGCACAGGGUCUUCAAGGUGGAGACGAUUGGUGAUGCCUACAUGGUGGUAGCUGGCGCUCCAGAGAAGACCAAGUACCACGCUCACAACAUCUGUGACAUGGCCCUUGACAUGGUCCGCUCCAUAGACCACCUCAAAGACCCCUCCAACGGCAACAACAUACAGAUACGCGUGGGGAUCCACUCUGGAAUGGUGGUGGCUGGCGUCGUCGGGCACAAGAUGCCACGUUACGGUCUCCAUGGCGACACGGUCCACACGGCUUCCGCCAUGGAAAGCAACGGCAAGGAAAUGCACAUCCAGCUGAGCAGUGCAACCUAUGAGCACCUGAAGGGAAGUCACUUCAUCUUCGAGAGGCGGGGCACCAUCACCAUUAAGGGGAAUGUGGAGAUUGAGACGUACUGGCUGAAGGGGAAGAGAGACAAGGAUGGGAAUGCGCAGGCUGCUUGCCCCCAGUUUGAGACCCAGACCAUCAGCAAGGCCACCAUCUCAGCCCCGGACACGGCAGGAGAACAGGAGGGACUGGUGUUUCCUCUGGUUGCCCUGAAAGACGAGCACGACGCCAAGUCCCUCCAGGCUCACAGGAUGAAGAUGGAAGUCUCUGGCCAUUCCCUGGAGGACUCCCUGGAUGAGGAGCAGGUGGAGAACCUGCCAGGCAGCAAGUCUCACUAUAAAAGUGCCCUCCAGGACAAUGGGCUCCAAGAUCCUCACAUUGACCUGGAGUCUCCGGAGUUCGACGUGAGAGAUUCCAUCAUGGCGUCUCCUGAUGGCUCCUGUGAUUCGCACAGCUCAGAGAAGAGCACCAUGUGUUCCGUGUCAUGA